GUUCGUGUAGGAUUGCCGCCAUGUUUGACGCGCUGCUGCCGCCGUGCGUUUCCUCGUACACGCUGGCGCGGGAGGACGUGAGCAGCUACUCGCCCGGCUGGCGUGAGGUCGUCUACCCGCGCGUGCCUCCCGACGAAUGGACCUACCAGUCUACGCUGGAGCUGAGGACCAUGCCCUACGCAGGAGAGAGGGCGCUGUACAGCGGUGGUGGGUACGUCGUCGAGUUUCCGCGUCACCGUGACAACGUCACGCGGCUGCUGGAUGGGCUGAUGGCGAGUAACUGGGUGGAUGAGCGCACGGGUGCAGUGCUCGUAGAACUCACCGUGUACAAUGCCAACGUUAACCUGUUCAGCAUCGUCCUGCUGAUGGUGGAGUUUGGCUCCGAGGGUGCCGUCACGCCCUACCACCAGAUCUUCACCGUCGACCUCAUCAAGUACGUCGGUGGCGCCCCCGAGUGGUUCCCGAUUGCGUGCGAGUCGCUCUUCAUCGUCUUCGUGCUCAUCUUCGUGUGGCGUGAGGGCGUCGCCAUCGUCGGGGCCGGCCCGCGCGCGUACUUCGGCGAGGCGUGGAACUGCGCAGAGUUUGCGAUCGUGUCGCUGUGCGUCGUCGCGGCAGCGCUGUUCGUGAAGCGCUCGCUUGCCGUCUCCGACGUACUCGAGGAGAAUCGUGAGAAUGGCGAGCAGCGCUUUGUGAGCUUCUACGCGGCGGCAUUCUGGGACUUCCUGCUCGGCAAUGUGCUUGCGACCCUUGUCGUUCUCGUGCUGCUUAAGCUGUGGAAGAUGCUCUCCUUCAACAAGAACAUGUCCAUGUUCCCACAAACCCUCAAGGUGUGCAGUUCCCUGCAGGAGGAGAGCAAUGAGUAUGAGAUCCUGGACUACGUCUCAGCGCAGAUCCACGCCUGCAUGAGCUUCAUCUGUCACAACCCGGAAGCCGACCUCGUUCGAGACAACGUAGUCGGCCAGCGUCGCAGCGGCGUCGCGCGUGUCGGCGCUGCCUCGCCCUCCCCGCCGACGCAGGCGCCGCCUAGUGGUAGUGGUUCGCGCCGCAACGUGAGGUGGAAGGAGGAGGUUGCCAUGGUGACGGAGUGCGCCGGUAAUGGUUCACCCUCCUCCAUGGGCAAGCGGCGCGGUCAGAGGAAGACAUCGCCGCAACGGGUGGUUGCGCCGACGGUUCCUGACUCCAUCCUCCAUUGGCUGGAGAAGGGAAGAGAGGACAAGGACGGUUCGCCACGCGGGCAUGGCCCUGGUUGUGAUCUAAGCGUGGCUGGGGAAGGUUCCCCUCUCGUUCCCACUUCUAUUAUCAAGUGGUUGGAGAAGAAAACCAAGAAGGAACGGCAUCAGCAAUGAAGAUGGUGAUAGUGAAACAAUUCCGCAUAAAAUGGAGAGGAAAAUGAAAAAUGUGUGCAAAAUGCAAAGUUCAUUUAUUUCGCAGAUGGUCCCAACGUGUGUAAAUGUACGCAACACUGUCCGUUUUGUAGAGAAAUCGACUCAAUGACGAUUUACAAUCAUGUAAAUCUAAAAUACGACAAAUGUAAUAGCUAAAGUGGAAACAUACAUCACGUGCUGAUCUCUGCCACAACGGUGGUGGUCCGGAUUUUCGAAUUUCGAAUAUUUCUAAGAUGGCACGCAAGAGACGGCAGUGCAGCAAGUCAUUCUCUCUUCACUGCGGUGUCAAAUGAUGUACGGGAAGGAAAAAUUCGGGUCGAUGAGGGCAUGCGUAAGUGCAUGAGCACAUCGCUAGCUAACAUAUGCUCAAUUUAUUAUGUGCUUACCAUAUGAGGAUACCUAUAAGAAUACCUAUAUAUUCAUAGUGAUACUGAAGGAGAGAAUCAGUCGGCAGUCGUGUUGAUAAUUAAGCUGCUCAGUAAAAUGUGAUGGGCAGCACGUCGCUUCUAAUGAAUGUAAGUGUACGCGGCAAUCUUCAGCAAAUUGCAUGAAGAGUUGCAAGGUACCUUUCAUAUAAAAAGUAUACGGUAUUUCGCAGCUUAUGUGGCAGUAUUCACCCACGAGUUUUUUUACAUGGCUCAACCAAUCACUGCAAUCACAGGUCGAACAUUAUAAUGACUUCUGUGAGCAUAGCCGUAACAUAUUUAUACAAUAUGUACAAUAUGUACAGUAUUGUACCCUAUUUCGCCGCUUAUAGAACGCAAUUUUCUGAAAGAUCGAAAGUCUUUUAAUUCACAUUCUAGUUCGAUGUAGCCGGCAUUAUUUUUAGCUGAAAAUAGGUGCUCAGCAGUUUCAGCAUAUCGUGUGCAUAUCGUAAAUAGUAAGCAGGAAGGUAUAAUCUCAGAAUACUGUUGCGUAAUUUUGCAUGAGGUCACAAAACGCUUCACUACUAUAUUUAGCUAAGAUGUCUUUACCUGCUGUAUGGUAUAUUGUAAACCUCAGCAGAAUAGACGGAGUAUAUGUCAGACUAAGUGUGUUAUAAUGCUAAUACUGAGAAGGGCUCAUGAAAAACUGGGAACAUAAACAAGGAAAAAACAAAGGUGCAUCCUUAUUUAUAGUGCGCAUGUACCUUGUAUUAGAGAGGGCUGUUAUUCAGUCAGCCUUUUCUACUUUUCAAAUUCUAAAUGUAGGGCCGGUGCGUCUAUUGUAUCUGUUGUGUAUUAUAAACCGCGAAAUACGGUGUAUGCUGCCAAACCCGACGCACCAGACGCAGCUAGCCACUCGACUGUUGCUGUGGUGAUGUGCCAUCAGGAAUACGCGUUGCCGCGAAAGGAGUAGCUCGCACCUUUGUGUGAAGUGGCGCUGAUAAAUUGUAAACGUAAAAUCUGUGCUUCGUAGGCGAGAUCGGGUAUUGUGGGGUGAGCACCCAGGGGCCCGCCGUUGGAAAUAGUUAUAAUUGUCUUCUAUCGUGAGUCUAAAAUGCCCAUAGUCUCACGAAUACAUAACUGUUUUUGAUAUUUCUGACACAGGGCUAUCUAAAAGCGGGUGUUAGCAGGAAAUUCAAGAAUGAAAGCUAUAGGUAAAGUUAGGGCUUUGCUUCUGCACGCAGUAGCGCGACUGUGUGAGUCAGUAACGAAAUGCCCGUGUCUUGUUCUGGCCUAAACUCUCACUUGGCCAAAUUAUAAACUAAAUAUAGAUUUUAGGUGAUAAUUUUACGAUUAUUAGGAAGCCUAAAAUUAAAAGCCUACUCGUUGUCAACGCUUGCGUUGGCCGCUUUUUAACCAGCUGAAGUUUAACGUUGAUAGUUAAAAUCUUUACGGUUGAACAAAGUUUAGUACAAUUACUAUACUAAAUUGUAUUUCUUUGACAUUUUAAAUUGGGUUUCUUAAAUUAUUGGUUCGCGUUCGUGCAUGAGCAUUUCGUUAGAUUUAUAUUUUUUAUAUUUUUGCUAUAUUUACCCGAGAUAAUUAUGGUAUUGGUCUGUACCUGGUUCCGACUGGUGGUCGUUGACAUGUGUAGCGCAGAAUCAUUGAUGUAUUUCUCCAAUAGUUUGAGUAUUUCCGUGCGAUAUGUUAUAGCUUUAUAUAAAGUUAUCUAAUUCAGCACUAUAUAUAUAGCCAUAUAAGUCCGUACCUUAUAUAUAGCUAUAUAUAAUCAGGUGUUUUAUAUUUAACUAUAUAAUUCAUUGCUUUUAUACAGCUGUAUGGGUUAAUGUUAUAUAUAUAAUAUAUAUAUAUAUAACUAUAACUCAGUGCUUUAUAUAGCUAUGUAAUACAGUGUGGCUAUAUAUUCAUGCCUUCGUACUAUCGAACGGGCUAAAACACUGAACUGUGAUGGCGGCAAAACGCAUUUAAUGGAGAUUUCUUGUAAAUUUGUUUUGAAUUUAAUAAACCAAGGCUUG